GCGCACUGGGCAGACCCGCGGUUGCCGUGGAGACAGCGUCGCCGGAGCCGGGGAAGGAGCGCCGCUGCUGCCAUGAGCUCCCAGCCGGUUCCGGGUCUGCCCUUCCUGCCCGGCUGCUCUUUCAGGGACCCCAUGAAAACAUGUUUUCAUCGGUCCCAGACACUGGGCUACAAAAAUGGAUAUGCCUUUUCUCGGCUGCCAACAGUGGGGUCUGGUGGGGAGCGGCUGUAUGUGAAUCAGCUUUCUCAGGCUGAAUUAGACAUAUUAGCCAGCAAGAGACCCACGCUGACCUAUGGACAAGUCAAGCGGGCUCCACGUUCAGGCUUCAUUCCAGCACACGUGGCUUUUGACAAAAAGGUUUUGAAGUUCGAUGCCUAUUUCCAGGAAGAUGUUCCUCUCUCUGCAGUAGAGCUUUACCGUAUCCGCCAAGUGUGUAUCUAUUACUAUUUGGAAGAUGACACCAUGUACGUCAUAGAACCUGUUGUGCAGAACUCUGGUAUUCCUCAAGGCAAACAUAUUAGACGCCACCGAGUGCCCAAGAAUGACCGUGGGGAGCAUUACCAUUGGAAAGAUCUGAAUCGGGGCAUGAACAUCACCAUGUAUGGCAGGACAUACCGCAUAGUCGACUGUGACCAAUUCACACAGGAGUUCCUGCAGAGCCAAGGAAUUGAAGUGAACCCGCCAGAGAAAAUGGCUUUUGAUCCUUACACAGAACUGCGUCAGAUGCCUGUGCGCAAGUACAUCACACCAUCAAAUUUUGACCAAUUCAAACGGUUUCUGACUUACGACAAGCAGGUCCUUCGCUUCUACGCCAUGUGGGAUGACACUAACAACAUCUUUGGUGAGAAUCGGCCUUACAUCAUCCAUUACUACCUGGCAGAUGACACAGUGGAGGUUCGGGAAGUCCACAAGCAAAAUGAUGGUAGAGACCCAUUCCCAGUACUGAUAAGACGCCAGCGCAUACCCAAAACCUUUGUGGGUAAGCAAAAGACUUUCCCAACCUGUGUGAUGGAGAUCUCUGAUCAGGAGGUACUCGAGUGGUACACAGCUAAAGAUUUUGCUGUUGGCAAAUUUACCAGCCUCCUUGGACGCGAUUUCUUCAUCUAUGAUUGUGAUGAGUUCACACGAAACUUUUAUCGUGACAAAUUUGGCAUCACUGACUUCCAGCCAGUGGAAAUAAAGAAGAAACCACCUGAGGAAGUUCAACAGAUAAUUCCUCCCUAUAAUGGUUUUGGCAUCCUUGAAGACACUCUUCAGAACUGCUUUUCUCUGUUUCCAAAACCUCCCCGGAAAGAUGUAAUUAAGAUGCUAGAGAAUGACAACAAGGUGCUGCGAUACCAGGUGGCCCUGGAAUCACCAAACCCUGAGGACAGAAAGCGUCGUUUCAUCCUCUCUUAUUUCCUCUCCAAUGACAUGAUCAGCAUCUAUGAACCUCCGGUCCGUAACUCCGGCAUCAUUGGAGGCAAAUACUUAAGAAAGACCAGAGUUGCCAAACCAGGCUCAACUACAGAAAAUGCCACAUAUUAUGGGCCCUCUGAUCUCACAAUUGGUUCUACAAUUGAAGUGUUUGGCCACAGGUUUGUUAUCACUGACGCUGAUGAACAUGUGCUUAAUUAUAUGGAGAGCAAUGCAGGGAGUUUCCCUGAGGCAACACUACAAUCCCUGAGGGAUCAUUUUCACCCAAAGCAGGUGGUAAAGGAGCCUGACAACAGUGACAUCCCCAAGGUUGGGACCAGCAAGCAGGAACCGGAUGAAUUAAUUGUGCAUGUUCAGGAAGAGCUGAAGCCCUAUAAGCACUUGAACAACAAGAACAUUCAGGAGGCGUUUCUUCAGUGUGACAAGGAUGGCUCUGGUGUACUGGACAAAGCAAAAUUUUUAUCCCUCUGUGACAGCUUGAGUGUGCCUACCAACACCACUCUUCUUAACAAGCUGAUUGACCAGUGUUCUUGUGGAGAAAACCAGAUAAACUACCGUAACUUCCUUAGAGCCUUCCCUUUGUGAUCUCUGCCCAGAAGCUGAACAACAAGACCAGCAAUAAAAUUCUUACUGACUU